GGAACCUGAAGCUCCUGUUUCGCUGCGUCCUCCAAGAUCCCAACUUCCUCUGCGAGCGCUGAAUGAGAAAAACGGGUCUGCGCUGCUGAGGUGGAGCGGAAUCGAUACUGGCUGUGGGAAGGGAGACGGCGGCAGACGGCGGGGGAGAGCAGCUUCCAGCAGGGGUAGGCUGACGAUCGACGAGUCUGAUCACAGAGCAACUAGAAAUGAGUUGGGGCACGGAGCUUUGGGACCAGUUUGAGAACCUUGACAAGCAUACGCAAUGGGGCAUCGACUUCCUGGAGAGGUAUGCGAAGUUCGUCAGGGAGAGGUUGGAGAUCGAGCAGGCUUAUGCAAAGCAGCUGAGGAAUCUAGUGAAGAAAUACUGUCCCAAACGGUCCAAAGAUGAAGAACCGAGGUUCACGUCAUGCCUGUCCUUCUACACUGUCCUCAAUGAGCUGAAUGACUACGCGGGCCAGAGGGAGGUCGUGGCUGAGGAGAUGGGCCACAAGGUGUAUGGGGAACUCAUGAGAUACUCGCAGGACCUCAAGGCUGAGAGGAAACAUCACCUCCAGGAGGGCCGGAAAGCACAGCAGUUCUUGGACCACUGCUGGAAGCAGAUGGACAACAGCAAGAGGAAGUUUGAACGGGAGUGCAGGGAAGCAGAAAAAACCCAGCUCCUCUACGAGAGAUUAGAUAGUGACAUCAAUGCCACAAAGUCAGAAGUAGAAAAGGCGAAGACGCAGCUCUAUGCUCGGACGCACAUGGCCGACGAGAGCAAGAACGAGUACGCGGCCCAGCUGCAGAACUUCAACGCUGAACAGUGGAAGCAUUUCACCGUCACCAUCCCACAGAUAUUCAAGAAUCUGCAGGACAUGGACGAGAGGCGAACCGUGAAGCUGGGCGAGACCUACAGAGGCUUUGCCGAGGUGGAACGGCGAGUGAUUCCCAUCAUUUCCAAAUGCCUGGAAGGAAUGGUGUCGGCCGCAAAGGCCGUGGAUGAGAAGCGGGAUUCGUUUAUUGUUGUGGAGUCCUUCAAGUCCGGUUUCGAGCCCCCUGGCGACUUCCCCUUUGAGGAUUUCAGUCAGAACAUCUAUCGAACUGGUUCCGACGGCACCAUCAGCACGCCCAAGAACGAAGGGGUUAAGCCGGACCCGAAGCAUUCAAUGGGAAAGUCCAAGAACAAACUCUGGCUCUUUGGGAAGAAGCCCAAGUCUCCCCCGUCCUCCCCUCCCCCCACUCGUCCCACUUUCACUUCCAGCUACACCCCAUCUCUUAAAUUUACCAGUGAUCCAUUAGCUUACUGUCUGUCUGAAAUGAAAACGGUCAAACCCAGGAUUCCAUCGUUCCGGGGUCUGAAGCGAGUGUCAUCAGUGAAGCUGGCACUGACGCUGGAAGAUUUCAGCCAUCUUCCGCCUGAACAAAGACGCAAAAGGCUACAGCAGAGGAUUGACGAGCUUGGCAAGGAGCUGCAGAAGGAAAUGGACCAAAGAGAUGCGUUGAACAAAAUGAAAGACGUGUACGAGAAGAACCCUCAGAUGGGCGACCCGAGCAGCCUACAGCCCAAGAUUUCAGAGACCAUUUGUAACAUGGAACGGCUGCGCUCGGAGAUCCAUAAGAAUGAGAGCUGGUUGUCAGAGGUGGAAGGGAAACAGAGUUCGCGAGCAGACAGACGACCCAGUUCAGAGGUCAACCAUCACACUCCCCAUGGCAGAGAAAGUCCUGAAGGGAGCUACACAGACGACUCUAACCAGGAGCAUCGCAGCCCCCCACAGCCAGACCUCCAUGAGUUUGACGAUGAGUUUGACGAUGAUGAUCCUCUUCCAGCUAUUGGGCACUGCAAAGCACUCUACGCCUUUGAUGGCCAGAAUGAGGGCACGCUGGCGUUCAAGGAGGACGAGGUGCUGUACAUCAUCGAGGAGGACAAGGGAGAUGGCUGGACGCGUGCACGGAAGCAAGGGGGCGAGGAGGGCUACGUGCCUACAUCCUACGUGGAGAUCACUUUGGAGAAGAACAGCAAAGGUGCGGUCACCUACAUAUGAGCUCCCAGCCCGGGACCACGGCAGUCUGACCAACCGACGGCUACCUCACGUCACACAUCGGCGCUCCGCUCGUUCCGGAUGCUAGCCACCCGCUUGCGCGUCUCGCCGUAGUUAGUCCCCGCCAGCGUGUGGAGGACCUUUCCUAACGUGAUCCUCUGCUUUCGGCAGCACACACUAUGCGCCAGACCUCACGCAUCUCCACAGACACCAGCGGGCUUAUUUAUAUAAAGUUAUUAUUUGAAAGUAAUCUUUUUAAUGUGGAUCCAUCGUGUUUCCUGAUUCGUCCACUGAGCUCCUUAUUAUUUUCUGUUUUCCUUUUUCCAUAUGAAAAACAAACCUUAUUUUAGCUGCUAAAUUUUGUAAAUAUUUUUCUGUCCAGAAAAUUAUUGCAUUUAUUAAAAUGGGAACCUUGACAGUUGUUCCUAUUUUUUUAAUUUUAUUUUUCUCCAAUUUUUGUUUAAACAAAUGUCAGUGUCUAAGUGUCUGAACCUUCUAUAAAUGGCUCUAUACCUAUAUAUAUAUGAAUCUCUGCUCACACUCACUUGUAACUUCAGUAUUUAUAUACUCUGUAUCAAAUUCCUCUCUGCAGCUGAUCUUUACUCUACCUAUAAACUCCAGUCCAAAUCUCAGGGCCCUGUGAUGUCCUGCCUAAGUGUGGCCAUGGGGGCGGCGCUCUCUGACAGCCAUGGGGACUUGGCUAGCCUCUGGGCGUCUCUCUGCCCCUGUCAUGUGAUGGUGGUGUCUGUAAUGCUCCUCCCUCCUUUCUCUCCCCCCUCCCCGUGCAGGUUCCUGAGUGGAGGUGUGGGUGUCAGUCACAUUUGGCGAGGCAUUGGCGGAGGGUACAUGCAGUUCUCGGUCUCUUUUGGUAGUGGGCUUUGGUGAGGGUUGGGACCUACGGAGGUUUAGAGACAGGUUGCAUGUGUGCAUGCAGACAUCCAUUACCAUUAACCCCAUUCCAUCGCCAUGGCGAGGUCUGUGAGGUCACCGGCGCUCUUUGACUGGCUGGCCCUUUCCCCGGAGCCAUGCACAAAUUUGACAUAACAGGCCAGAGCUGUGGGUAAUUAUAGGGUAGCUUGCCGACUGUGGCAUCCACAACCCAAAGAGGCUUGAGCAGUGCCAGGAAAGCCGCUCACCUUCAGACUAGCACUAACAGUUUGUCUCAUCCCCACCCCAUCGUAACAUUAGCAAUGUCUGCCUGUACCAACCUUACAUGCUCGCCUUAACAUGCCUCAGCAUGGAAUAUGUAUUUUUUUUUUUCUGGGUGGUUCUUUUGCCAUCUUGAAAUAACCCCUCCUCGUCCAUCUGCAUCUUCCUGUCACUUUGUUCUUUGUUCUUAUCGUAUCUUGUCCAUUCCCUCUCUCUUGCAACAUUCCCCUGCUGAUUCCCGAUUGUAACUUAUGUUGCGCUGUCGUGAACAUAUGUGUUGCGCCUAGCAUGAGCACUUGAGUUUAGAGGCAGAAUUGCAGUAGCGACGAGAAGGCCCGUCCCGCAGCCUCCCCAUCAUUCCAUCCCCCACCUCCCCUUGUUGGGAAAUGGGAGGGCGCAGUGCCACCGAGCGGCCAGCAGGGGGCUUCCUCUCCCCACCGCUUCUGAGCACGCUGUGACAAAGCUUUGAAGACCCUGAGACUGAGACGAAGUUGCCAGUCAGCACUCCAGUUCUACUGUGGGAUCCUUGCCUUAUUGCGAAUCUCAGCAACAAGCCUCAGUCUUCUGAGUGCCAGUCCAUCCCAAGCCACAUAAAAGGGCUGCUCAGAGCACGGGCCGGCAUCCCGCGACGCUGCUCUGCAAUGGAAUCCUCCGUCGCUUCUCCAGGUGCUGCAGGUGCCGGGGGACCAUGCUGUGGUUCGGGGGCGACAGCAGUGCAUCUCCUAAACUUACAUGUCUAGCGCAUAUUUUUGUGAAUGUGAUCGUACAUAUAAUCAUGUGUAUGCAUAUUUAUGUGAGUAUGUGUAUACAUAUAUGUAUAUAUUUAGUUAGUUUUAUUACUGGACUUUAUAUGUAUUAACAUCCUUUGUUUCAUACUGAAUGUGUUUCUCUUGUGACUUUUUAUAGGGUUUUUAAUCAGGUGAUAUACUCACUUUUCAGCAUUGUGUCAGUAGUACGUAGUAAUCAUACUUUUCUUCAGAACAUCUUUUGGAAUAGGGACUUGGUCUAAUAUUACUUAAAUGCACUUUUUCCCUAUCACGUUUAUAUAUAAUGAAUAAAUUAAUGAAUAAAACUGACUCUCUAUGUUACCUGACGUGCAGCAACACAGUAGUUAUCACACUUUACACGCAUAUACUCAGUUUCCCCCCUUUUCUUCUCACAACGGCUCCAUGGCAGUUUGGCCAUCAUCUCUUCACAGUAUUGAUGCAUGGAGCCUGUGGGCCAGUACAUUUGCCUGGUUAAAUGCACACUGUCUUCUCUGUGCCGAAAGCAAACGUUUGAGGGGGUGCUGGUAUGGUGUUGCGUAUUUCUCUCGCUUUGACAGAGACAAGUAGUUGCUGCUUCCCACGCAGUUAAUCUGGUCAGUUUCACGAUUCUAAUACCAAGGUGGGUAUGUGGAGGGAGAUGUUGAGACGUUAUUACUCACUAAGACCUGGCUUAACUGCCUUUAUUUGAGAUAUUUAAGAGCAGACGUUAUAAGUACUGACGUCAGUUAUAACAUCCAGAUGUUUAGUUUUGACCUGUAAUCCUAAUACUCAAAGCUGUGAAGUCGAUGUUUUACUUUUAAUACGGUUUAAAAAGCUGUUCAGUUUGUUCUGGUGAGCUGCUGAACUUUCUGUACUUUUACUACAUUUUAAAAGGCUUUUUUAUAUAUAUAUAAAUGCAAGAAUCGUAUUUGAAUGUCAUUCAAGUAGUGAAGGAACUGAAAGAGUCUAUGAGAAUGUUGAUAAGUAAAUUAGUUUUUAACAUCACACCUUUUUUGUUUUGUCGGUGUAUUUUGUAUCGCAGUUCAUUAUUCAUUUUGAUUCGCGUUUAUGAGGUGACAGUAAUCGCAGCGUUUCUAAAUGUAAAUGGGAACACUUCAGUCUGGAUUUAUGUGGGCAAAGUAAUGUGAAUUGAGGAGGUAUGUUGUUCAAAGGUGAAAUCCACAGACUAUUUCUGGUUUAAGAAAAAUCCUUUUGUAUAAAGAAAAAUGCUUCUUUGCAAUGUUUGUUACAUGCAAAUUACCCAGAAAAAAAACAACUUUCUUAAGGCUACUUGCAACAUCUCUCUUGCUAUGGUAUGUUUGCAGACGACUUCUUUAAAUUAAGUAGAACAGAACAAUGUAAGAGUAAGAUUUCACAACAGAAUUCAUAGAUGAAUCAGAAUUUAAUUUUUCCUGCUCCUGCUAGGAAUAAAGUAAAAGUGCUUUAAUUGUCAUUGUCAUGAAACUUGCUACCAACAUGCACGAAUGAAUGAAGGAAUGAAUGAAAACAGAAGAAAACUGAAAACUGUGACAUAAGUGAUUCAGUUGAGUAAUUAAAAACAGGGUACUAAGCAGGGUGUCUGUCGUAAUGUUCCCAUUGCUCAAGUGUAUGUUCCAUUAGUGUGUCAGGAUCCCCGUGGCAGUAUCCUUCACAUGAAUCUGACUGAGUGGACUUGGAAUAAUCAGAACAAUGACAGUGAUUGCACUUCUGCAUCUUGCAGAGCACAUUUUUCUUUUAUACUUUUUAUUCUUGAGACACUUUGAAAGACUGCUCUCUCCUGAGAAUUUGAAUUUGUUCUAAUAAAAUAAAUAAGAAUCACAUUUUUCCC